UUCUUUUCACAUGACAGAAGCUUGUGCAUUUGUGUUGAAUGUCACUAAUGUAGUGCUCGUACUUUGUUUGUGUAAUCAUCUGUUGAUCGUAAAUAGAACCAUCCUUCAAAAGUGUUCAUCAAGGAUCCCCUUGGCAAUUGGGAGCUCAUUCCGCGCAGCAUACUUCAUCAUCACAAUCGUGUUCGGGCAACAUGCUUCGACGAUUAGCAGCGGUCUGUUAUCAGCAGCAAAGGGCGCUCCCAGCAGUGGCGACUUCGAUGGGCGUUGCAGACGGGCCACUUGGAUCAUGUCGGCGACACCUCCGAAUACGUAGCCGCCAUCACGCAGCUGGUUAUCACGACGACAGCAAAAACAGAUCACUAGAUCCAACAAACGGCGACAGCGAAAACAUCCCAUCGGCCAAGGCAAAUUCCAUCACCCAAUCACCGUUAUUGUACACCCAAAUAAACCCCACCGACCGCAUCAAAAUACUGCAAAACACCAAAAUCUCCCGCCACCACCUGACCCCCGAACAGGCGCUACAUCUUAUCACCGAGGAGUGCACAAUCUACCAUCAGCCCAUCGACGAGGGUUUCUGCUUCCCCUCCGAACCGUUCUGGGGGUUUUUCUGGCCCGGGGGACAAGCCCUGACAAGAUUCAUUCUAGACAACCGGCAAUUAUUCAGUGGGAAAUCCGUUCUGGACGUCGGCUGUGGCUGUGGAGCUUCCUCCAUUGCAGCGCUCAAAUCGGGCGCGAAACUCGUCACCGCCAACGACAUCGACGCAAUCGCCCUUCAAGCCACGCUUCUCAACGCGGAACUCAACGAGAUCACCGAGCAACGCUUGGAACUGGACCAGACUGAUCACAUCGGAGCACCUUGUGAUUGCCAUGACGUCAUCCUGCUGGGAGAUCUCUUCUACGAUGCCGAAAUCGCUGACGUAUUAAUCCCGUGGCUGAGCCGACUGGCGCUCGUCGACGGGAAAGAUAUCUACAUCGGUGAUCCGGGGAGACACGGCCUGACGGAGACGAGGCUGAGAAACAUGAUUCAUCUAGCGCGGUACGAAUUGCCGCCUAAUGUUUGUCUGGAAAAUAACGGGUUUUCUCAUGCGAACGUUUGGAAAUUUGUUGCGGAUGCGGACUUUGAUGGGUCGCUGCCACCGGCUCGGAUGAGUUAGCGCCAAUCGAGGAGGGUUGACGAGUGAAGGCCAUUAUGCUUGCGAGGAGUAUUGUGAGGGGAUGAGUAAUUUCCUCGAAUUUCGUGGAGGAGCGACGAGCCUGAUAUAAUUCUAUUUAGCGUGAUGCGGUGGAAACAAAUAUACUUAAAUGAACAAA